ACUAGGUCUACGCACUCAGAUCCCACCAAAUGCCUCUCCAAUGACGCUUUCGGCACGAAAUGCUCGUUCAAACCCUCUCCACAGGACACGAACUCCACCGGAGGCUCGAUUUUCACCCCCGUUGUCUCUAAUAGCGUCUGCAGCGCAUCUGACACCUGCGUUGCGUACGCCGUGUAGGCAUCCGCCAUCUUGGGAGCCAGUGAAUUUGAUUGUACCAUUUCCGUACAUUUUGAUUGCACCAAACAGCUCUUGAUUGGCUAGAAUAAUGAAAUAAAGCUGUUUGGUUGGAUGAAAAGAAGGAGAAAACGCACUGAUCGAGAACAAAAGGCGGCAAACAUAGUCGACCAGUCCGAGAUGGAGACCCCUGCGACCGAGACGCCUGCGCUUCCGAUGCCCACCCCCCUGCAGGCCACAGAGAUGGCGCUAGUGGCCCUCCCUAUGCCAGAGAUACCCGUGAUGGCGCCUACUAAAUUGCCAGAAAUGCCACUGGAAGCGCCGCCCAAACUGGAGGAUGUUGCUUUGGAAAUCCCGGUCGAAACGUUAGCUGUGGAAUCGUCGGCCAAGUCGCCCAAAGAUAAGCGGAAAAAUCUCACAGACCAGCAACGUGUGGCAAUCGUCCACUAUCUAUUAGCGAACAGUGCUGGAGGACGACUCAAGCACGGGGAUAUGAAGGCUGCUGCCACUUACUUUGGGGUGCACCGAGCUACGAUCCGUCGGCUGUGGAAACUGCACACGGCUUCAAGUACGACGGACGGACUGGCAGGCAACGUCGCCAGUCGGAUCAAAGGCCACUCAGGGCGGAAACCGAAGGUGCCGGACGAGGAGCUCAAGGUUCGCAUUGCGGCGGUGCCAGCGGAGCGCCGAAUGACGGGAAGAGGACUCUCGACGGCCCUUGGAGUGAGCAACAGUGUGGUGGUGCGGCUGAUCAAGAGCGGCAAGCUGCGACGUCACCCCAAGAAGCUGCACUACAUUAUGUGAAGAAGAAGAAGCAAGACAGCUUCAACAAGUUGAACCAUCUUUUUACUUGUCCUUGAUAUUCUGUUUCCUAGUUCUCUGGAUUUUAUAUUCUGCGGGAUUGCAAUGAGGUCAGAAUCCUCUCAAUCAUAAAACACCGUCUAAAUGCACGACCAGAUCAAAAAUAUAGAGAGUUA